UUCGGCCACAUCCGUAGACAAUCUCAGAGGGCGUGACUAAAAACCGGGACCUGGAAAAAGUCGGGAUAACCAGUCGGGUUGAGGCAGGCAACAUCGCGGUUCGAGUUUUGUUGAUUUUACAUAUUUGCAUUUACAGAAGCUUCGCAGCUUCUAUCGCGUGUCGAUCGCGCGCCUCGAGAUGAGCACCAAGGAGAAUUCCACGGCGCCGGCGAAGAGCACGAACGCGGCGAACGCGAAACCCUACGGUAAGAUUGUGCUUACGUUGAAGAAUUGCCUCUUGCCGGAAGAGAAGCUCAACUCCACUCCAUCGUAUUUGGACGGCUUGGACGCGGAGACCGAAACAGAUUUGCGGAUAUUAGGAUGCGAACUCAUACAAACGGCCGGUAUUCUCCUUAAGUUGCCACAGGUCGCAAUGGCUACUGGACAAGUGAUAUUCCAACGAUUUUAUUACAGUAAAUCGUUAGUUAGGCACAAUAUGGAGACAACUGCAAUGGGUUGCAUCUGCUUAGCUAGCAAAAUCGAGGAGGCACCUAGACGCAUCAGAGACGUGAUCAAUGUUUUCAAUCAUGUUAAGCAGGUUUCUAGUCAAAAGCCGAUAACACCUGUAAUUCUCGAUCAGAAUUACGUAGCACUGAAGAAUCAGGUGAUCAAGUCCGAGAGGAGAGUGCUGAAGGAGCUGGGCUUUUGUGUUCAUGUGAAGCAUCCUCACAAGAUCAUAGUGUUGUACUUGCAAGUCCUCGGAUACGAAAAGAAUCGCACUCUAAUGCAACAGAGCUGGAACUACAUGAACGAUUCGUUGCGCUCCGACGUGUUCCUGCGUUAUCAGCCAGAGACGGUGGCAUGUGCAUGUGUUUAUCUGGCCGCUCGUCAACUACAAGUGCCACUUCCUACCUCACCGUCCUGGCUCUCGCUCUUCCGUGUCAACGAAUCGGCUAUCAGGGACGUGUGCCGUCGUAUACUGCGCCUCUAUUCCCGGCCACGCGUUAAGCCUGAGCAGCUAGAGAAACGUGUAGAAGAGCUGCGACGUCAGUACGAGGAAGCCAGGACCAAAGCGCGAGGCGGCGACGUCGACGGGCACACACCGAGUCCGCCAUUGCCGAAACACCACAACGCCUGGGGUGGAUUCAUCAGUCGCAGCGGUACACAUGCGGCUCCGGAAAGAACAAAAUCACCCAGACGCUCGAAAUCACCGAGUACUUCGCCGUCACGAGGUGAAGGCACUAAACAUUCCAAGCGAAAGAAGCACAGCAGAAGCAGAUCCCGAAGUCACAGUCCACGCGGCAGAUCCUGCAAACCCAAGAAAACUCAGCGGAGACGAUCAGGAAGUCACAAAUCGUCACGUAGCCGUUACAGGUCGCGAAGUCGAUCUCGUGAGAGGGAUUUGGAGAAGUCGAGCAAACAUCGCAGCAAACAUAGGCGGCAUUAAAUUUAUACAAUCGAUCCUCGACAUGUAAAAUCGGUUACAUGCGAAUUACACGGAUUAUAUAUAAUGAAGUUGGAAGCUUUACCAAAUUGUCAGAAUUGAGAAAUAUGGGGCACAAUAAUAAUAUAAUUAAUAAUAUAAUUACUGUGUGGAAGCCCAUUAGUAAUUAUUCUCAAUGAUGGAAUUUGGUGGAAUCACGAAUGUAUCGUGAGAUAUCACGAUUAAGCUUAAUAAAUAAUUGAUUUGUAAUAUAUAUAUAUAUAUAUAUAUAUACACACACACACACAUACACACACACAUAUAUAUAUAUAUAUAAUAUAUAUACAUAACAUAUAUAUAUACAUAUAUGUAUGUAUAUAUGUGUGUAUAUAUAUAUAUUUAUAUACACACAUACAUGUAAUAAAACUUUAACUAGGCCUAUUGUAAUUUACCUGGAAAACAUUUGGUUUCAAUGAAUCCUCGUGGUAAUUAAUGGAUUAUAUAUUAGAUAUCCUUAUUGGCAUGUUUUUGUAAUAAUAUAAUUUACAUAAAAAAUUGAGAUCAUCGAGCUUUUUAUAA